AUUCGCGGUAUCGAACAUGCAACAGUGUAGUAAAAGUUGUGCCAGAAAUUUCUUAGUUUGUUGUUUAUUAAAUAUAAGUUAAAUCUAUUAGUUAAAAUGUUUGAAAAGAAGAAACAGGCUGAGCAUAAGCCUAGGGAUGAUGGAGUUGAGCUAGAGAACCAGUUCAUAAUGCGUUUUCCCAAGCACCUGGCCAGUGUGGUGCACGAGUCCAUACAGGCAGGUAACAUCAAGGAUCGAUUAACUAUACAAUUAGAUCAGGAUUUGCGGUAUGGGGAGGUGCGGCUCGAUGACCAAUUGCUCUACGCAAAAAUUGUCGACCUGCCGACAGUUAUGGAGAGCUACAAGACGAUAGACAAUAAAAGCUUUUAUAAAUCCGCGGACAUUUGCCAGUUGCUCAUAUGCAAGGAGGAGCCGGAGGAUGAGACGGAGAAAGAGUCGCCCAACAAGAACAAGAAAAAGGAUCCCAACAAGGUGGACAAAAAGUAUUUGUGGCCCCAUGGCAUAACGCCGCCCUGCAAGAACGUACGCAAACGACGCUUUCGCAAGACGUUGAAAAAGAAGAACGUGGAAACGCCGGAGAUCGAGAAGGAAGUAAAGCAUCUGCUGCGCAUCGACAACGAGGCUGUGCGCGUCGAAUACGAGAUCAUCAAUGAGGAGGACAAGCCCAGCGAUGAGCUGGAUCAGUCAGACAUCAAGCCGUACAACGAGGCCGAUGAGGAUAUGCAGGACGAGACCAUGCAUGCCAGCGAUAAGACCCUCAAUGAGAGCAACUCGCAGCGUGAGAUAAACGUGGAGUCGGAUGACGAUGAAACUAGCAAUUUCGAUACGCAUCGGGCGCCCAAUAUGGGCGUAGCUGCUCAUGAUAUAUUCGGCGAAGAGGUCUCUACCACAGAUGACGAGGACGAGCCCACAUUGCCCGGCAACAAUUCGCGUGCGCAGCGACACGAACUGGAGGAAUCUUCACGGUUGUCCGCCGACGAUUCACGCAUGUCUGAUUUCUUUGGCGCUGCCAGCGGCGGUGGCGUUGGCGGCGGCGCUAGCAACAGUGGCGUUAAGAUGGAGCACAAUGAGUUCAACAAGUCGAUGUUCGGACGCGAAAACAGCAGUCCAAAGCUGAGUGCAGCCGGCUCGAGCUCGAAUUUGGCUGCGCCCAGCGGUUUCUAUGACAAUCAGCUUAUGACCAAGCGUGAGGAGUUCGAGAAUCUGGAGUUCAUGGAUGAGCCGCAACCACAGUAUACACAACAGCAAAUCCACGACAAGAUCAAUCAGCUGACGCGUCAAAUAAGCGAACUGAAGAAUCAACAAUCGCAAAAGUCAACCGAAAUUGCGUCCAUUCAGAAUGCCACGCUGAAGCAGAGGAUGCAGGAAACGCUUGAUAAUCUCUACACGCAGGUCAUAGAGCGUGAGCUGGAGCUGAAGGACUUUGAGAAUAUGCUGGAGCAAUAGAUUUGAUCAUAGUUAUAUCUAAGUAAAAUGUGAAUUAUAAGCUAAAUGAAAACAUGUAUAUAUAUUAUCUAAUAUUAAGAUGAAAUUUUAUAUUUAGAUUUAGGACAAAUGAGGUAUAUGUAAAUAUCAAUGUCAAUUUUUGUAA